CACAGCGCAGCAUAUAUCAUAUGGCACGGUGAGUGCAUAUCGCUUCUCGUCGACGUCGUUGUAAAUAUGUAUUGAUAUGUAGCCAGUGGGCGGAAGCGUGGCGCCGUAGGCUACAUGUUCAGGAUUUCGUCCAGAAUUUAGUAAAUGGUAUUUCAUUUGAUGAAGGUUCAACAUGUACAUGUACUUUGGACCCCUGGCCCCAGUCAGUGGAGACUAGACUGAGCCAUGUGCCUCCUGUCACCAUAAGGUAUUAACCACACGUGAAUGGUGUCAUCCUGCAGAGAGUCCUGAGCCCCGCAUCACCCCAUCAGAUUGAACUGCAUACUGGUAGUUGAUGGCUGUGAUACUGCACACAAUCAUGGAGAAACAAGAUCAUGUUACAUUCCCUUGGCGCCAUUAGCAUAAUUUAACCCAACACUGACAGACACCAUUCUUGUCUCCUGUACCAACACAUACAUAGAGAGCAGCCCACGUCUGCCUUGAGGCACACAAGAUCUGGAUGAGGUGUCACCUUGAAUGAGCAGUGUGUUUCUUCAUCAUCUUUUUGUAGCAGUGUUUGCUGAACAACCAUUUCAGGACAGCACAAGAACGCUCAGAAUACUUCUUUUACUUAUCAUUCUGCACGAGCACUCCAUUGAAGGCAUAUCAUUGUCGAGUUGCGUAGCAGUUUUGUUGCGAAAGAAGUACUGUAGUUUCACAUCAGUCAGUAUGGAGCAACCUGUCACACAGAUGGUACAAGCUAAAUAUGAGUAUGAGUACAUGUCUGGUAGUGGGUUACCAGCUAAAAUGCUCCCCGGUGACCUCUUCACAUUACUACGUAAGUCGAACUCCGAUUGGUGGUAUGUCAAGCGUGAAGGAGAAAAGAAACCAGUAUAUCUCCCCGCCACGUAUCUAGAAAUUCAGCCUGAUAAUGUAGUAACAGGACUAGGGAACCGGACUGCACAGCGCAGCAGCACCUUGAUUCCUCAUGCAUACAUGGACUCAGCAUCAGAACAAACACAGCCAGUACCCGGCAAUGUGGCUGCCUCGCAAAUCCGGCACAAUAACAUGGUCAGUGAGAUAUCCGAUCGGUUGCGGAAUCGGAUUGUCAUCCCUAAGCCAGAUUAUGACAAUUCUCAGGACCCUGUGCCCAGGCCACGUCCAACCCAGCUGAACGUUAGAGAUGGCAACAGCAGACAGGGUAUCCAUAAGGUGGCUACACCCAUAGGGGGUGCUAUGUCCCCCAUGACUGACAGUGAGCUAUCAUCGCAUUCAGAGCAGUCCAGUGUGAACUCUCCAGAGUAUUUCCCACCACCACCCAAUGAAUCGGAGCUGCGUUCCCACAUCUUGAACUCCAACGUACAUGUAGCGCACUCUUUAUCCAGCUCCCAGCUCAUGCCCAGUGCCGGCGAUGAGUGGGAGAUGCACCGAGAUGAGAGAGGACGCAAGUACUAUUACAACAACCGCACCAACGAGACUUCCUGGGACCCUCCGUCAUCUGUGCAAAAGAAGCGAUCAUCCAGCGUCAGCCCAAGAACACGCAAGAAGAAUGAAGCUUCAUUACAGUCCCUUCCCCCAGGCUGGAGAGAGGAGAAGACCCCAAGUGGUGGAGAUGUCUUCAUCAAUGACCAGUUCAAAGAAAAGUGGUACAAAUCCCAAAACGAGCACGGAGAGACAUAUUACUACAGCGGUGACCGUGAGGAAACGGGCUGGAGUCUACCCACUGAACCUCAGUCAAUCCGGCGUAGGAAAUCGGAGGAGAGCAGUGAGAUGGAAGUUCGAUGGAGAUCCAAAGUUCGGGGCACGAGUGAACGCUUCUCCAAAACCCAGUCUGUUUUCCUGCCCUCUGAAAGUCGCUUUUUGAUGAAUGUUCACCGGCGUCAUUCAGAGAUUGAGGUGGGAGACAUCCACCCAGAGACAGCCAGCAGCGAGAAGGAGGGUUACCUGCAGCGUGCUCGGCCUGGUGAGGCCACCCGCAAAGUCAAAUGGCAGCAGGUCUACACUGCUGUCACUGGUUCCCGACUGGCGUUCUUUAAGGACCACAAGAAAUCUGGCACCCCAGUCAUGCUGCUGGAACUCUGGGGAUCACAGGUAGUGUUGCACAGUGAGAAGCAAUCCAAGUACCUCAAGAAGAGCUACAUAGAGUUAAAGACAUCACUGGAUAAAGAAUACUGGCUGAUGGCUGACACGGAGGAAGAAACACAUCUGUGGUAUGCAGCGAUCAAUGGUGCAGUGCGAUCACUGCCUCCGACAUCUCAGCACUCACUGAGGAGACAGAAUAGCGCUGAUGAUACCCAGUCCCCAUCCAGUGAUGGACCAAGCCUUCGACCCACCUCCCCUCUCCCGGCCCAACGCCCUACGUCCCCCAAACCAAGACCUGAGAACCUGGUGGAAAUCAGCAGCAAGUCCAGACAAGACAAGAAGAAGAUCAAGAACAAGCUGAAGAGCUUUAUCACCAAGAGACCCACCAUGGAAGCCUUGCAGAAACAAGGAAUCAUUAAAGAGGAGGAUGUGUUUGGUCGUCAUAUCCAAGCCUUGUGUGAGCAGCAGAGAACUCUGGUACCCAAGUUUGUCACAGAUUGUAUUGCCUUGAUAGAGAAGUCUGGAUUACACAUGGACGGCAUCUAUCGAGUCAGUGGCAACUUAUCCCUCAUCCAGAAACUUCGCUUCCUUGUGGAUCAAGAAAAGCCAGUUGAUUUCAGUGCAUCACCAUGGAAGGAAGACAUCCAUGUCAUCGCAGGAGCACUCAAGCUGUACUUCAGAGAGUUACCUGAGCCAUUGGUGACAUUUGAUGGCUAUGAUGGCUUCAUGGAAGCAAUGAGGAAGCCUGACAGAAAGUCCAAACUGAAAGCCUUCCAGGACGUAAUUAAUUCCCUGCCUCGAGUCAACCAGGAGACCAUGAAAGUCCUCUUUAGACAUCUGAACAAUGUUGUGGCUCACAAGGACAAGAACAGAAUGCUACCUCAGAAUCUAGCCAUUGUCUUCGGCCCUACCCUUAUGUGGCCCAAGAAAGAGAGCUUCAAUGUGGCCUUGUCCAUGGUCUAUCAGAAUCAGUGCAUAGAAUUCAUCAUCAAUGAGCAUCAGAACUUCUGGAAGUAGGCAGUACGUCCGGCUACAAUCCAUUUUGGGGGAGUCCUCCAAAGAGGCAUUUGCCCUUGUCUUGAUGGUAUGCCCUCCAAUUUCAUUUUGUCAAUGGUCUGUGCCAUUACCUUGAUUCCAGUUUAUAUGGCAAAGUGAAAGUUACAGUAAUGGCAAACCUGGGAAUGGUUUCCAAUAUUUGCUGAAGUCAUCCCAGUAAUGUUUGUUUUUUGGGGAAUUUCUAAGGCUGACUUGUGCAUAGGGCUUGACAUGGGUACGUGGCUGGGGGUUUUACAUAUUGUUAUUCACAGCAUCAGAGUCUCUGCAUGGAAGUGAUUGCAUUAAGCAUGCGUUCACUGUCUCUAGAGGCAAAUAGUUACUGAUCCAUAGUGUAGUUCACUGGUCAAUCGUGCAAUUACACGCAAAUAGGCACAGGGAUGCCCAAUGGUAAUGGCAGAAGCAACGAUCAAAGUCACCUUGACAGUUUCUCUGAACAGUACAUGGGAAGAGUUUGUGAACCAUUACUGGGGGCCUACCUAGCGUGUAGUAAUCAAUGAUAGUUGUCUAGAGGAAGUGUCUAAUGCCACGCUGAUACAUGCACUCAGGUGCGGCAAAGAUGUCUGUUGAAUGACCCAGAUUCAGGGUAACUGUUACACAGUUUGUAAGCCAGUAUAUAUCCACAGCAGUGGUCGUACUCUGGCAAUACACUGGUGAGGAUGGAUCUUUGUUGGAGUACUAUAACUUCAAGCUCGCACAAGCAAACCUGUCAGCAUGCAAUAAAUAGAACAGAAUAAGCUAGUCGCAAAGGCCACUACCUUUUAAAUUGUCAGAACAAUUUUGGGGGGGGCCUAAUUAAGUGGCUCUGUAGAAUUGGCCUGGUUUUCAUCAGUGAAUGGGCUUUGAGUUGUCAGAAGAACUUGUAAAUAACCAGCAUAAUCAAGAGAAUUAAUGAACUUGGACAUAGAUUGUUAUAUUUUUCAGCAGAAGAAACAACAAGUGUAAUGAUAUCUAUCAACUUUCUGUGAGAGGGGUUUUGUACUUGGUGUAAAUAUACUAAUUAAGUGUUGUCAAUGAUUUGGAUAUUUUGGCAAACAAAAAAUGUGGAGCAUAUUAACUUUAUGGAGGCGUACAUUUCUGUUUAUUGUUUAUUCUUUUAACAACCUGUACUGUUGUGGUCAUCAAAAGACAGUUCAGUAAUGUUAUUGAAAUACCAUUCUUAUUUCAGUGGUAGAGACAGUUAAUUCCUAAGCUAGACAUUGGUAAAUUGGGGGCAUGACUUUGUACCAAAUUAUGCAUUGAAGGAAAACUUGUUCAAUUAAGAUAUUGUACUGUGAUAAAGCACUCGUGGCCAGCUAAUCCAUGGAGGGUAUGUCGGAACACAUUUCUGGUGGCCUAACUGUCUGACCAUGUGGAACACAUUGCACAACGCUUGACUGUUACACUUUGAAUGAGAACUCUGUACAUGGUAGGCUGCAGGAGCAGAUCAUAUGUAAUGCUAGAACCUGGCAUAUAAGUCAAAGUCCACUUUAUGUUGUAUCAUUAGACAUUUGACAUUGAGUGUUCUGUUCCUUGAAAUUUGAGCAGUGAGCUGAUAGACUAAUUCUGUGAGCACAGAGUCAUUGUCCACAAAUCUAAAAUGAAAUGCAAGUCUAGAAAUGGCAAAUGAACAAUUUUGUAAAGGUGAAAUAGCUUUUCGGAACCACACAUACUUAGAAAACAGAUAUAUCCUUGCAUGGUGCUACGGCAAUCCUUGACUGUAUUUUCCAACUUCUCCAUGGAAAGCUGCAUUGAUCAUGUGAUCUAUCAUUUCAAUAAUAAUACACAACACUUUGCAGAAUCAUGAAUGCCAGGUGUGUGCUGUCCUGAGUGGUCACUCACCUGUCAGGGGUGGUCAGUUAGUUAAGUAAUCAUGUAACAGCUGGGUAAAUGGUCACUCAGCCAUCAUGAGUGGUCACCCAGCCCCAUUUCCCCGUCAUCAUGGAGUCCAUAAAACAGUGUUUGGACAUUUAACUUUCACAACACUGCUGUGACUUCACAGAUUGUAUAAAGCACCCUGCCUCAAAUCUGACACAAAACAUGGGCCUGAUUCUCAAUUUAAUGGCAGUGGUCUCCAUGGCGAUGUAUGCAGUCAGUGUACAUAUAAUAAAGAUUUUCUUUCAUGAGAUAUCUACUGCUGAUCUUUCUAUAAAUUUUACAUUUUAUUUUUAUUAUUGUGCAUCAAGUAACUUUGUCAAUAGUUUAUACACAGACAUUUUAUAGCUGCGGUGUACUAAUUGUAAACUUGAUCUGAUCAGAAAUUUGAUGAAUGCUGAGUCGUAUGUAUUGACAGUGCAGAAGCCUGAAAACUUGAGAUGCUGAAGUCUGUCAGAAACCUUAAGGAGGGGACAUGUGUGACAGAUUUUCAGAGAGUUUAACAAAAUGAUAUCCCUCAAGUCUUUGUUAGUAAAGUAAUAGUAAAAAUUAACUCGCCAUAGACCUGAAGCAUAAUGACAUCACACAUUGUUUACAUGUGUAGUUUCCUAUGGGUGCUGAUGGAUUACGUCGCACCUCGUUGCCAUAGGAAAGCACACAUGUAAACAAGGUGUGUGGUAUAGGUCUAUUCCUGCAAUGAGAUACCUUUUUCAAUUAUGUCUUUCCAGAGCAAUGUGUACAGUAUUUUGCUGUGCAGCCGGUCCAGGCCGUGUAAAGGUCUGCAUUUGGGUUUGUUUGUUUUUUUUCAGAGUUAACUUUCAGCACAACGUUAUUCGUUUGGUUUGUUUUAAAUUUUAUUGUUUGAGGACUAUCUGUAAUAUGCUCAGAAUGAGAAAGUUGAAGAGAUGCAACAUUUGAAAAUUAAUUUGAAUUGUCAAAAGCAAUGGACGUCCAAACCUGCAUUUUUGGCCUUUCUUUGAAAGAGCUUAAUUGACUUGAGCCAGUUUGCAGCAACCUGCUCACAGCAAUGUCAACUUUUCUGUGCAGUGUUAAGACAGUAUCCACAAUGUUUUUGCAUUGUACUGCGAAAAACCUGCCCAACUGAUUCAUUAGUUGAGUUACUUGAGUCAAAUGCACUUGCACAAGUAAACAUACAUGUAAGGGGAGUAAUUAAACACUGAUUAAAGGUUGGAUGGUGUAUUUUAGAUGCCAUUUUUUACAUGUACAAAAAUCUUCAAUUUUUUGCUGUUUACUGUUCCAUUCAUUUCUCAGUGCCCCGAAGCUAGUGUGUUCCAAAGUUCCAUCAUAUCCGUCCAAAAGAACCAAAGACCAAAAUACCCAUAGCUCUGAAGUGUCCAGACUGAGUAGUAGGCAUUGUUGCUGUUUUUGAUCAAUAUGAGGCCAACUUACGUGGGAGAGCUUGUUUGUUGGGUACUAAACUCAUAAUUGUGAGUUUACACUUAUGGAGCGUGAGCCCCAGUUGCCUAGACACUUUCUGGGGAGUAUCCUGGAACCCUCAAAUAUUCUCCACUGAGAGAAAUGCAAGAAGAACCUAAGAACACACUCAUUGUUCUUCCAAGAGCCUUCUUCCUCAAUCCUUCAAAGUCUACCAGAGUCAUCUUCAAAUUAAAGUGAAUGUUGAAGAAUCUAGGAGCAUUGGGGUAUUAUUGUAGGUCGGCAUAUGCACCAUGGAUCGUUGAUAGCUUUGCAACUUUUUGAGCAUGCAUGGUUUGAAGUAGCCGAUGUCAUCUGGAAUGAUCAGGAUGACAAUCAGUGUGUCUUCAAGAACUUAUUCCAUUUAGAAUUUUGUAAUGCACUCAGUCUUUGACUAGCAAUCUUUCAUGUAUUUUGGGUUAGGAAAUUGUUAAAUUGCUUAUCUGAGUUUAUAAUGUAUUUGGGCAGGUCAUUGGAUUUACAUUUUAAGUUGUCAGAUAUAUUGGCCAAAAUAUGUAACAUUGAAAUAUUGAAAGUUAAUUGAGUUAAUUAAACAUGCUUUGCAUGUACAUGUAAUGUCUUGAUUUUUCCUAAUUAUAUAUUAAUGUACAAGUAUGUGAGUGAAUCAUUUUUUCCCAAUGUGUAUACCGUUCCCACCAAUGUAUAGAAACCUUAAACAGCAUUCUAUUUUGCCUUACUUUUGUAAGUUUGUGUUAGUUCAGUUUUUGUUUUGUGCUCUCUUGAUUUCUUGUCUGUGUUUCUCUUUUGUUUUUGCUUUAGAGAUUGUUUCUGGCUCAAGGUUUUGUUUCGUGUUUUGUUUCUGUUGUUUUGAUGUUUCUCUUUUUUGUGGGGAGGGGGAGUGCAUGUUUUCAUGUUGGAAUGUAUUUCCACGCAUCUACGGUGUACAACUUUGAUGUACAGUAGACAUGUAAACAACAUUGACGUGUGCAGUGUGAGCAAGAUAGCUAAGGUCCUCAUGCAGUUGGACUUCAACUUACAUGUUCCAUAGACAUUGGUGCUUAUAGGGCAGCAUGCUGUGUGUGGAUGGGCGGAGCCAGUAAAAGGGUGGGCUUGUACAUGUAUCCUUUGUGUGAUAGUACAGUAAUAUGAAUGGUAUAAAUUGGCAUUAUUUUUCUAUCGUCAGGAUAAACUACAGUUUGGUUUUGCCCAUUGUAUGAUUUCUGGUUAUACUCCCAAAUUGAUUGAAUGGCAGCAAUAUUUUUGCAGCAUUGCGCUGUCAGAAAGACUGUUGUUUUGAGAAAGUGUGUUAUUUCAUAUGCCAGAAACAUGUUGUCUUUAUAUAUGCAAACAGCAAGCCUGCUCUGUAUAACAUAUCAUAUAUUGGUUAACAAGUCUUUCUUUAUACUUUGAGUUCUCAGUCUGUAUAUAGUGAACUUGUAUCAUAAUGAGAUUGGGGAAUAAAGCAUAACCUGGUGAUAGCAAAAUCA